AUGGAAUAUUUGCAGCUUUGUUUGUCUUUCACGUUAAGCUGUGAGAAUAUUUUCCUUACAAAAACAGAACACCGCACCAUUGCUCGGUUUCCUUUCCAAAUUCUUCCAUUUCCAGCCCGACUUCCUUGUCUCGAUUUCCCCCACAAUCAAGCUCACACUGCCCACAAUUCCUUUAAUUUUCCAGAUAAGUUUCCUUAUCAAAGUCUUUGAUUUUUCCUUUUCUUUUCUGAAAGAAACAGAGAGGGGAUUCGGGUUUGAUUUAUUUUAUUUUUUUCCCGCUCCCUCUCCGAGUUGGGAUUUGUUUAUUUUGGGUUAAGCUAGCAAAUCCUGGUUUGGAGAGGAGAUUAUUUUUGGUUUGUUUUUGUUUUAUCGUUGGGGUUUUGAAUUCGUACUGUUAUGAUAAUAGAGAGAAUGUUUUGACUUUUGAGCUGACGACGGAAACUGGGGUUAUUGAAGUCCGUUCACCUUAAUCAACACCCAAUUAGAGGUUUUGAGCAUAAUUGGUUUCGGGGUGUGGUUGAAUAUUGAUUGAUUUUCUUGUAUAAAGCUUGUGGUAGUGGUGUUAUUUGUUUUGUUCGUUUGUUGAAUUGGAUUGAAUUGUGGAAGAUUUCUAUUUCGAGUGAGAUUAUAUAGUUAGUGUUUCUGGGUGGGAGUUUGUGUAGUUUGGAUUAUCGAGUUUGCAAUGGGGAAGCAGUCUUUGAAGAAGAAGAAUCAGGGGGAAGGGAAACCGGGUGAUGGAAAGGUGAAGCAAAGUAAAGUUGGGGAUAAUGGCGCAAGACCUUAUGAUAAGGACACUGCUGUGUUCAUUGAGAUGUCCCAAGAAUUGAAGGAGGAAGGGAAUAAAUUGUUUCAGAAGAGGGACCAUGAAGGAGCGAUGUUGAAGUAUGAGAAAGCCCUUAAGUUGCUUCCGAGAAAUCAUGUUGAUGUGGCUUAUCUUCGGAGUAACAUGGCAGCAUGCUAUAUGCAGAUGGGUCUCAGUGACUACCCCAGGGCAAUCCAUGAGUGCAAUUUGGCUCUUGAAGUUGCACCUAAGUAUAGUAAAGCAUUGUUAAAAAGAGCAAGGUGUUAUGAGGCUCUGAAUAGGCUUGAUUUGGCUCUGAGGGAUGUUACCACGAUUUUGAAUAUGGAGCCAAAUAAUCUCAUGGCAUUGGAGAUUGAGGAGAGUGUAAAAAAGGCGAUUGAGAAAAAGGGCAUCAAGGUGAAUGAUAGAGCAACCAUAUUGGCCCUAGAAUAUUUUGUGCCUUCUGCUUCAACUUCCCCCAAAGUGGUUAAAGCAAAGACACAGAAAAAGAAGAGCGAAAAAAUUGAGGAGAAGAAGGCUGAGAAUAAGGUUGUCGUGGAGGAGAAAAAGGCUGAGGAAAAGGUGGUCAUGGAGGAGAAAAAGGCUGAGGAAAAGGUGGUCAUGGAGGAGAAAAAGGCUGAGGAUAAGGUGGUUGUGGAGGAGAAAAUUAAUAGAGUUGAGGAAGAGGAGCCUAAGAAAACUGUGAAAUUGGUGUUUGGCGAGGAUAUAAGACGGGCACAGUUACCCGUUAAUUGCAGUCUCUCAGAAUUGAGGGAGGUUAUACGGGACCGGUUUCCCAGCUCAAGAGCUGUUCUGAUUAAAUACAGGGACCAAGAAGGUGAUUUGGUCACAAUCACCACUAAUGAAGAACUCAAGUUGGCUGAAGCAUCAGUGGGAACACAAGGGUCUAUUAGGUUGUACGUGGUGGAAGUUAAUCCAGAGCAAGAUCCAUUCUUUGAGAGAGUUAUGAAUGAGGUAGAUGCGAACAAAAUUGAUAUGAAACAAAAUAAUGGGACUCUGAAUGGAACUGUAGGAAAAUGUAAGGAAACAGGGAUUGGGUCAUCCUAUAUUGAUGAUUGGAUCAUUCAAUUUGCUCAGCUAUUUAAGAACCAUGUUGGGUUUGACUCUGAUGAAUACUUGGAUCUUCAUGAGCAUGGAAUAAAAUUCUACUCAGAAGCCAUGGAAGAGACGGUUACAAGUGAAGAAGCUCAAGGCCUUUUUGAGAUAGCAGCAGAGAAGUUCCAAGAGAUGGCAGCUUUAGCUCUGUUUAACUGGGGAAACGUCCAUAUGUCCAGGGCAAGGAAAAGGGUUUACUUUACUGAAGACGCCUCUAGAGAGUCUGUACUUGUGCAGAUCAAAACUGCUUAUGAUUGGGCACAAAAAGAAUAUCUGAAAGCAGAGCAGAGAUAUGAGGAAGCAUUGAAAAUCAAACCAGAUUUCUAUGAAGGUCUUCUAGCUCUAGGGCAGCAGCAGUUUGAGCAGGCAAAACUUUCCUGGUAUUAUGCAAUUGGUAGCAAUGUUGAUUUGGAAAGGUGGCCUUGUGAAGAGGUUCUACAGCUUUAUAACAAAGCUGAGGACAAUAUGGAAAAAGGCAUGCAGAUGUGGGAGGAAUUGGAGGAGCAGCGUCUGAGUGAACUGAGCAAACCAAAUGAGGUCAAAAUCCAGUUGCAGAAUAUGGGCUUGGAUGGGCUAUUUAAAGAUAUAUCUGUCAGUAAAGCUGCAGAGCAGGCUGCAAAUAUGAAGUCUCAGAUAAACCUUAUAUGGGGUACCAUGCUUUAUGAGCGUUCUAUUGUGGAAUUUAAAUUAGGGCUACCAGUCUGGCAAGAAAGCUUGGAGGUUUCUGUUGAAAAGUUUGAACUUGCUGGAGCUUCUCCAACAGAUAUUGCCAUUAUGAUAAAGAAUCAUUGCUCUAGCAAUAAUGCAUUGGAAGAUUUAGGGUUCAAAAUUGAUGAGAUAGUACAGGCAUGGAACGAGAUGUAUGAAGCUAAAAGGUGGCAGAGUGGUGUUCCUUCUUUCAGACUAGAACCACUAUUUCGACGGCGAGUCCCGAAACUAUAUCAUGCCUUGGAGCAUGUGUGAGUUGCAUCCUUUGACUGGGUUUUCUCACAGAAUAUUGAAGAGACUCACUUUUACUGCUCCUCCAUUAGUGAGAAUCUGUAGUCUUUUAUACUGAGGUUUUCAUUUGAUAUAUCAUAUAUUGGGUUUUACUUCAGCCUUGUAAUUUUAGAAACAAAGAAGGGAUUGUUGUUGGCUUCAGAAUUAUAUCAUUUGUAACUAUGCUGAGAAACAAAUUCAGUUAUUUCCUUAUCUCGGGGACAAGAUGACAGCAGGAAUUUCCUUUUUGUUGGUUUCUGCAUUUACCCACCUUGCUUCCCCAUUUCCCUCAGUUUCAGAUAGUAUUUGUAAUUCAUUCAUAAACACCUCUCAUCAUAUAAUAUUUGUUUGUAUUCUUGACUACAAUUUAAUAGCUGAUGUCAGUUUCCCCAUUUGUAACUUCUGUUAACUCA